GUCCCCCACCUCGACGGCGAACUAUAUGUACCGCAAAUGCAAUACCGUCAGUGAUCCAUUUGCAUUGAAGGUACCUACCGUAAAAAACCGACCGAAUAUUAAAUUUAUUAUUGUGUGUAUAAAACAAUUGCAACUCAAUACGGCGACGACGACGAUAUCGUAUAACUGUUAUAUAUUGAUAUUAUUGCAGUAUCGCACGCGAUUCAACAUCGGCGGACCACCGUCUUCCACCCGAAUAUAAUAAUAUUAUUAUUUUUCACAAAUUAUUAGGCGGAUUUCAAACAAAUUGUCGUGUCCGCUUGGCCACUACUACUUCACAGACCGUGUCGGUAAUAUUAUACACACGCACACGUACUGCACACAUUACGCACAGACGACGAGGCGCAUACGACUCACCGCUAUUGAUAUAAUGGACCUGAGGAGCCGUAACAAUAGUUAUUUGGUUAUCGCGUGCACGCUGGCCUUGGGUAUCCUCAUCUGUAUGCCCGUCACUGCUAACCUAACCAGAGAUCGCUGUUUCUUGCCACCAGACGAAGGCAAUUGUGGAAAUCGAUUGACUUUGAGAGUAAAAUACUACUUUGACUCAGCUAAUGACGACUGCUCAGAAUUCAUUUACUUCGGUUGUGGUGGCAACAAUAAUCGAUUUGACACAUUCGAAGAAUGCGAAAACGUAUGCAUAUUCUAUGGGUUUUAAAAUAAGCCAUCUUAGAAUUGGAUCUUCUGUGUUGGCAGCCGACGUUUUACAAUUAUUGUCAAUGAAUGUUACAUAUACAUGGACGGGGAAAAUAUCAAGACAUUAUGUUUUAAAAUAUUGGGAAGAGUGAUGUGUAUAAUAAUAUCUUAGCAUAAUUAAAUUUAAGAUGUAAUAAAUUGUAGUAUCUAUUAUUAAUAGUGAUUUAAGUUGCAAUCAUUUUUGUAUUAAAUAUUAUCACAAAAUCCUAUUUUGUAAAUGUUUAAAUCUGAAUAAUCUUUUAAAUUUGUAUUUGUAUAAAAUGUACUACCUACUUGGAAAAUAAACGAAUAGAAAUAUUUGACUUGAUAUUAUGUAA